AUGGAGACACAGUUGUUGUUAAGUGUGUGGGCUGAGUGUUGUCUACAUGGCUGGGAACAGUGUCUGUGUUUGAAUAUGAAUGAGUUCUACCUGGGUCUGAUACCAGAGAAGGAGACAUGCGGAGUAGAGAGCCUGGAACCAUUCGAUGUGUUUGAGCAGUAUCAUCACAGAGAAUACCGGAUGUCUGGCGUGUCCUCUUCUGUGUCUACUCUCCAUAGUGUCUCCCAUCCCUCCCCUGAGGCUGGUGCUGAGCCGCCUCCCCUGGCUGUGAGGCCCAUGGUUGGGCAGCUGUGUGUGGAGUGUCUGUGGAUGGCCUCUAUGCCCCUGGGUCCUGGGCUGGUGCUGCUCACUGGGGGCUCAGGCUGGGGGGGUAGAGAGGAUACUACAGCCAGGUUCCUCAUCAGAGCCAAGGGUGGCUGGAGAUGUGCCUGUGUGACAUCUUCCAAUGACUGGGGUGUCAUACUGUAUCACACAGUAACAUCUGUGCUUGGGCGGGGAGUUGUGGUGUUUGGUGGCCACUCCUCCCCACUCAACCCAAUCAGAACCCUCCUCAGAGUGACCUAUGACAAUGUGACCUGCCUAACCCCGUUGCCCCUGACGACCAGGCAUCAUCAGUUUUUCAGCAGGAAUCAUGCCUCAACAGCCUUCUCCGGUCUCUUCCUCACAGGUCAGAACUUCCUGUUUGUGUUUGGAGGAUGGAAGGAGGCUGAGGGAACAUUUGAUGCCCACUUCCUGUGUCUUGAUGGCCAGUGUUGGACUGAGGUGGCUGAUCCUCGCUUCUCCCAUUCAGCCUGUCCAUAUGAAGGAGGGGCAGUGAUCUGUGGAGGGUUGGGUAGAGAAAGUGUUCCACUGGGGGAUACAGUCUGACUGAGGCCCACCACCACAGGCUUCUGCUGGGAGAGACUACACCUCCAACCCCCUCUAGUGCCCAGAUAUUCCCACAGUGUCCAUGUGAUUGGUGAUUGGCUGAUGUUGGUGGGAGGGGUGCUUCAGGAGGAGGGCGUGCCAGGGGUUGCUGUUACAGAUCUGACCAAAAGGGGCAGUGUGGAGCUCAGCCUGGACUCUGCUGUACCCUGGCCUCUCAUGCUGCACUCCUUCUGCUCGGCACUCCUUCUGCUCGGCACUCCUUCUGCUCGGCAUUCCUUCUGCUCGACUCUCCUGGGCGACUCUGACCAGUCAACAACGAUGGCUCUGAUUGGUGGUGAGGGAAACUGCUUCUCUGUUGUGACUCAUCACAACCCUCACCCCAUCACUGUAGACCUGAAACCGGUUCUAUAACUAUGAGACAUGGUCGCUAGAGGUAUUCUUUGUGAGGACAUUUUUGUAAAGUAUCGACUUGGUAAUGGAAAGCUGGGUCAAUUUCUGGCACUAGAGCUGUGAUGCAUCAAUAAGAUAUCUUGGCAUCUGUCAUGAUGACAUUGUCUUAUUAGUUCACUUGAUAUUCCUUAUAGCUUGAACCAAAAUUAGUCAGUGGCUAAAUUCCGCAUGUAGAAGUUGAUCUCCCUUUGGGCUGUAUCAGUUCAGGGUCAAACAUUUUGGACAAAAGAAUACACCUCCUACCUUCCGGCUUCACACACUCACUGACACAGACACACAAAAAAAAUGCCAACAUUUUCAGAU